AUCACAUUGUUCUCUCUCUCUUUCCCUGUUUCUGUUUUUCAUUUUUCAUUCACAUUUUCCAUCUCCCCUGCGCUACUUUCUCUCUCGCAGAAUUGAAAAUAAGAAAAAAUCCAAACCCAUCAGAAACUUCCAGUUUCGAAUCACGUUCUUCCUCAACAGAAGAAGAAUCAUCUUUGAACUGGGUACUGAAGUGGGAUUUCAUAGUCAAGGAAAAGAAAUGGAACAAGAUUUCAUGGGCUUGCGGACUGUGAAAGUGAAGAAAGAGGUUCCUGAAGAAACAAAUGACCCUCCAGGUAUAUUGUUGUGCUGUGAUUCUUAUUAAUCCUCUUUUCUGAAAUGGAUUUGCCAUUAAUUUGUUGGUAUUCCGGAACAACAGGGGAGAACAAGAUGAAAGAUCCUUAUUGCAAAAAAGAACGUCUUUUUUUUUUUUUUUUUUCCCCAACAUAGUGUUAACUUAAUUUCUUUCUGUGGAAAUCCCGGAACAAAUUUUCAUGCUUUUAAGUCAACAAGCCAAAAUAGUUCAUGGGUUUUCAAUAUUUUCUUGUCCUUUGGCAUAUGUUCCGCCAGACUGCAACUAGGACUGUUACCGUGGUAAAAAAACGGAGUUGUCUGUAUUUACCUUUGGUUUGUAUUCUGGUUUGUCGUAUUGAAGAAGUAAAUAUACCAUUUUUCUUGCAAUGUUUUUGAUGGAGUGGUUCACGUUUAUUCAAAGAAUGAUUCAAAUGAAUGAUAAAGAAUGAAGUUUUAUUUGAGCAGUUUACUGGUUCAGUUUGUAAAGAGAUUGGGGGGUGGGGGGCCUUCAUCUUUCCUAGUUGGGCUUGCUUUUUGGUGGUAGAUCUUUUAUGUGGAAAUUUUUUAUACCUUUCUUGUUUCUUGUGUUAGUUAAAUUCUUCGAUAUGCUAACAUGCCCCUCAUGAGCCCUUUGAUUAAUAUGUUUGUUUGAUUAACAAUUGUUUAAUGCAACUAGUUGUGCCUUCCAAGUAGUCUCCUGUAUUUAUACUAAACUAUUGUUUCUUCUGUUGUAGUACUACCAAGAAAGAUUAAUUUUUUAAUCAUGAUGGCUUUAUUAAAAUAAUCAAGUUGCAGUACCCCAGAUUAUUUAAUUCUAGUUUUUUAAGUUUGUUUGACCAGAAGGGUCUCAUUAUUCUUUACUUAAUUUGCUUUAGUUAGUACAGAGACAUUGGUAAUAUUAUAAUUUAUAUUCAACAUGAGAUGCCUAGUUAUUCAUAAUUUAUUUUGGUGAACAUGUUCAUCCCCCCUUUACAGCUGCACUCAUCAAGCACUUUGAGUUCUUUAAGUUUAGAGUCUCCUAGAGCCCUAAUAUAAAAGUGGUACCAAAGUUUGUUAAAGAUUCCACUUUUUUCAAACUUAGUGAGGAGGAGAUUUGGGUUCUCUUCUGUUUUGCCUUUUGCAACUUUCACUUCACCAAAUUACUGCGUGGUAGUUGCUUAUUAGCUCCAGUUAGAGGUCCAAUGAUGCGGUGGUCCUUCCCGAAUAAGGUUCCUACCAACUCUCCGUUCUUCACUUUGAACAGCACUAGUACUGUUGCUGCUCCAGGUUCAAAAGAUGAUAAGCCCAAGACUGGUUUUGAGGCUCUAGCAUCAACUGGAUUGGUGACUAUAACCACAACAGAGGCUGUUGAUUCCACUCAGAAAUCAUUUUCUUCUGUUAUGCAGAAGAAUAUGGUUCCUGAUAACCAAGGAGGAGCAGCUCGCUAUAGUAUGACCUCCUAUCUUGCCAAGCCUUUUGAUUCACAGUCACUUCAUCGUCCUCACGAUGCCAGAACACUCCCACUCCCCACAAGUCUGACCACCCCUGUUCAUCAAUCCUUUAUUUCAUCUGUUGGACAAAUUGGUUCUACAACAAGCUCUGCCCCUGUGGUUAAUUCAAGCCCCUUGGUUGGAACUACUGAAUUAAGGAGCACUUCUAAGCCCUCAGGGGCUCCAGCUCAGUUGACCAUCUUCUAUGCUGGUUCAGUCUGUGUUUACGAUGAUAUUUCCCCUGAAAAGGCUCAAGCUAUCAUGUUAUUGGCCGGAAAUGCGCCUUCAUUGGGUUCGAAUUCUUCUGUCCCUGCAGCUCCAGUUCAGUCGGUCCAGCCAGUACCGGCAGUUCAGGCAUCAGUAGUUAGGCCAUCUAUCAUAGAUAGCUUUGUGGUUAACCAAUCACAUAUCUCGAAACCUAGUGUUCCUAGUUCCAUUCCUAUGACCUGCCAUAGCUCAGCAGCUUCUCUUCUCCCAACUGAUGCAACCCCGUUAAGGGCAGUUCUCCCAGCUGAUGUAUCACCAUUGAGUGGUGUUGUCGCUACUGAUGCAUCUCCAUUGAGAACAAUUUUUCCUCCCGGUUUAUCUUCAAUGAGGACAGUUCAGAGCCUGGCAUCCCCUCCUAGUAGACCAGAGCCUUCCAAACAAGCUAGUACAUCAUCAGCUCAACCUAAGUUAUCUCCAGCAGCUGGCGUGCCUCAGUUUCGGAAAGCAUCUUUGGCUAGAUUCUUGGAGAAGCGCAAGGAAAGGUAAUUGAGUGGUAGUUAAGUGCUUCAGGAGUUAACUUAUUAAUAGCUUUCUUUCUAAGAUUCAGGUAUCAGAAUGAAAAUGGCUUGCUAGGCCUUAAUUUUUUGAGUUUGCUUUUAUCAUCAGGACUUUGAAUGCAUCACCAUAUGCUGCUCCUGAAAACCCAUCCAAAGAAUGUGACAUCCCGGCAUCCGGAAGCAGAAGUAUUUCUGUGAACUCUUCUGGUUCUUCUGCUCUCCCUGCUAGUACGUAGUGUUAGCUGUGGAGAUGAAUAUGUGACAUUGGCCAAAAGUGAAAAGAAAUAAAAAACAGAAGCAUAAGCCGAAGGAAAUUAUGUUUUAGAUCAUAUAUAUAUAUAUAUUUUGUAUUCUUUUGGCUUAAUUUUUGUGGCUGGUUAGAUGUGAUUUUAGGUAAUCUGUAGUAUUUGUUUAGGGUUUUUUUGAUUUCUUUUAUUUUUUUUACACUCUAAAAUUGUUUGAAAUUACUGCUAUUGUUGAUUGAUAGCAACACUGUAAUAUAUUGUUUUGUUUAUCAUAGUACUUGUUAAGAAGAAUUAGGGAAGUCUCGUUUUCUUUUUCCCCUCUAAUAGGAACGAUUUUUCCCUUUUUUUUAAUACUUUUUUCUUGGCAUGUACUAAUAUCAUAAUAAUUAUUUUCAAAUUAUAACUUGGAUUGCAUCAUAAUCACAUUUAAUGUCCAAAGUGGCCUGUUAAUGAUCAUUAAUUGCCACACUUCAUAUUAUUAAUAAUUUUUGUAAUUUUC